UCUCCCCUUCGGUUCGGCCUUCGCCGCCUCCGUGGCUUUGUAUGGUGUUAAUACACUGCAUUUACUCAAAGCUCACUACAGAGCUCCCUCUUCGACUCUUCGUCUUCGAAAAACCCUAAACCCUGAGACAAAUAGAACCCUAAUCUCUUCACCGAAACUCCAUUCUUAGUCACUCACGUUCUCUACUUCUGUACUUCCUCUCGAGCAUGAAGAACAGAACCCGCAAGAAGAAACAUUCGUUUCCCAGUGGAACCAGAACGAGGAAGACUCGGUUUUCGGUAGACGAAGAUCCUUUCUUCGAUCAAGAAACCAAGCGGAGACGGAAGGUUGACGAAGAAGAUAAUGACAUCAUUGAGAGCGACGAAAGCGACGAGGAAGGAGAAGGUUUAGCUGAUGGAGGAGAAGAAGAGGAGGACGAAUUUGCAACAGAAACUGCUGACGAGAAGCGGCAGAGAGUCGCCAAGGCGUACUUGGAGAAGAUUCGGGAGAUUGCGAAACGAGAGCAGGAAGAGGAGGAGGGUGAAGAGUCGGAUGAAGAUGCCAAGAGCGGCAAGCGUGAUUCUUUGGUUGCGGAGUUGCUGCAACAGGAGCAGCUCGAGGAGAGUGGUCGUGUUCGUAGGUUUAUUGCUUCUAGGGUACAAAAACCGACAAAUGUUGAUGACUUUCGAGUUAUAGUGAGGCAUCGACAAUCUGUUACUACUGUAGCCUUAUCUGAUGAUGAUGUCAAGGGGUUUUCAGCUUCCAAAGAUGGAACUAUUAUUCAUUGGGAUGUUGAAAGUGGAAAAAAUCAAAAGUACACAUGGCCUAACAAGGAAAUACUGAACUCACAUGGUGCACGGGACCCCCAAAGUCCAUCUAUGAAGUGGAGUAAACAUGUUUUGACAUUAGCUGUUAGCUCUGAUGGUCGGUAUUUGGCAAGUGGAGGCUUAGACCGUCAUGUUCAUUUAUGGGACACCCGUACACGAGAGCAUAUUCAGGCAUUUCCUGGUCAUAGAGGCCCGAUAUCAUGUUUGGCUUUUAGGCAGGGGACUCCACAACUCUUUUCUGGUUCUUUUGAUCGAACAAUCAAGCUAUGGAAUGCAGAAGAUAGAGCUUAUAUGGAUACAUUAUUUGGUCACCAAAGUGAGGUAUUAACAAUUGAUUGCCUACGGAAAGAGCGUCUAUUGACAGUUGGUCGUGAUCGGAGUAUGCGCCUCUGGAAGGUCCCAGAGGAAUCACAAUUAGUUUUCCGUGCUCCCGCAUCAUCUUUAGAGUGCUGCUGUUUCAUUAGCAAUGAUGAAUUCUUAUCAGGGUCAGAUGAUGGUAGUAUUGAACUUUGGAGCGUACUGCGGAAGAAGCCUGCAUACAUAGUAAAAAAUGCACAUUCUACAUUGGCUCAUCAUGACAAGAUGGCUAAAAAGGAUGAUGGAAGAACUUCAAAUGGAAAUAUAUUGGAAAAUGGCCGCUUUUUGCCUGAUAGUAGUUCUUCAUUGGCAAACUCAUGGGUCAGCUCAGUAACUGUUUGCAGAGGUAGUGAUCUUGCUGCAUCAGGAGCUGGUAAUGGUAUGGUCCGUCUUUGGGCUCUUGAAAGUGAUACCAAAAGCAUUCGACCUUUAUAUGAUCUCCCACUGGUUGGAUUUGUAAAUUCUCUAGCAUUUUCAAAAUCUGGACGGUUCCUUUUAGCUGGAGUUGGGCAGGAACCACGUCUGGGAAGGUGGGGACGUAUUCCAGCUGCUCGGAAUGGAGUUGCUGUGCAAUCCCUCAAGCUCUCAGAAUAAGAUAUGUCAAUUCAAUUUUCAAGAUCUCCAUUUUUGAUCGAUCUGAGAUGAGAAAUCAAUCCGAGGAAUUCCUCAAUUUUGCGCAAUCAAAUAUAACUCUGGUAGAAAAUUGUAUUGCCAUAUGAGUGCAUCUUUAUUUUUUUCCCCUUUCAUACUAGAUAGGGAUGUUAGGAUCCUGUUAGGUAAAUCAAUCUGAGGUCUUUUUUUUUUUUAUAAUCUGAAAGAAAAACGUUAAUUAUGAAAUGGGGCCACUUUGUUUGCUUUUGCAAUUGCUAUUUGUUGUAACCUGUAAGUGACGCUUCAUCCGGUGAUACAAAGAAGCGCUACCUAAAAAUUUAGACCUUCAAUUCAAAGUCUUCUUUUUUGUCCUUAAAA